GCAAAAUCUUUGGUGAAAGAAAUUUCCAAGUUUGAUAAUCAAUAUCAGAGUGCGAUGAAUGAUAGUUAUAAUGAUCUUGCUGAAAACACUUUUAAGGGAUUAAGAAGAGCUCUACCUAUGACACGUAAUAAGAUGGAUUGGAAUAAAAUCUUGAAUUACAAGAUCGGUAAUGAACUAGCUCAGAAAUAA